AGGAACCGGAAGUGCCUUUAACAGCCGGCCCGGGAGAACAGGAGCCGCCGGUGUUACCGGUAGCCAGAUCCCUUACUGACGGGGGACUCCCGGCAUGCCCCGCGCAGGUACCAUCAUGAUAUCCCAGCUAUUUAUCCUGUCCUCCAAAGGUGACCUCCUGAUUUAUAAGGAUUAUCGUGGUUCCUCCACACAGUCUAACAGCGCACAGUCUAACGUGGCUGAUGGUCUCUAUGUGAAGCUGUCGUCUCUGCCCUCAGACCAGGCCCCCGUGGUCAUAGAAUAUGGUGGGUUCUACUUCAUUCACACACGUCACAGGGGACUGUAUUUUGUCAUGAGCAUCUCGGCCAAUGACUCGCCCUUCAUGUACAUAGAUCUCCUGAACCGGCUGGCGUCCCUCAUCCGUGAUUACUGUGGGGAUCUUAGCGAGGCUGUUGUCAGUCUGAACUUUGCUUUGAUUUAUGAGCUCCUUGAUGAAGUUCUGGACUAUGGAUAUGUCCAGACAACAUCCACAGAAAUGCUCAAAAAUUUCAUCCAGUCAGACCCAGUGAUCAGUAAACCAUUCAACCUCCUGGACCUGAGCACAGUGGGUUUGUUUGGAGCAGAGACUCAGCAAAGCAAGGUAGCUCCGAGUUCAGCUUCCAGCCGCCCUGUCUUGUCCUCACGUCACCAGCAGGGCGAGCAAAAUGAAAUCUUCUUGGAUGUCAUUGAGCGUAUGACAGUGGCCAUUGGAUCAAAUGGUUCUUUAUUGAAGGCUGAUGUUCAGGGGGAACUACGAUUGAAAAGUUACUUCCCCAAUUGCCCUGAGCUGCGGAUUGGAUUGAGUGAAGAGUUCUGCAUUGGGAGCUCAGAAGUGAGAGGAUAUGGCACUGCAGUGCAUGUGGAUGGCUGUCAGUUUCACGAAUCUGUGAAAUUAGAUGAAUUUGAAAAUUGUCGUAUCCUGAAAGUUCUACCACCACAGGGCGAGCUGACGCUAAUGCAAUACCAGGUUUCGGACAGUCUGACCACUGCCCUCCCAUUCCAUCUUUUCCCCACCCUGGAGAGAGAUACUUCAAGCAGUCGUCUACGAAUCUAUCUGAAGCUGAGAUGUGAUCUGAGCCCCAAAAGCCAAGCCAUUAACAUCCGUGUACAGCUACCUGUGCCAAAAGGCAGCAGUGGCCUCGCUCAGGAGCUCAGCAGUCCAGACCAAAGUGCAGAAUUUGUACCUAGCUCUCAGUCUGUUAUUUGGAACAUCCCAAGGAUUUGUGGAGGAACCCAGCUCUCUGCUCUUUUCAAGGUGGAUGUCUCUGGGUGUGUCUCCAUUCCAUCUCUUAUGGACUUACCACCACUGAACCUUUCCUUCGAAGUCCCCUCCAUCACCAGCUCCGGGCUCCAAAUCCGUUUCCUCAGGCUUCGCAAUGAACGUCCAAUCCCAACCCACACGUGGGUCCGAUAUCUGACACAGAGUGACUCAUAUAGUGUCCGGCUUGGAUAGUACAUUUUACUAUAUAACCUAGAUGGACGCUGUACAAAUUUGACCAACUCCUUGGAUCCAGACACAAAAAAAGCCAUACAUGAUCUGCCCAUGUGAAUACACGAAUAGUGACUCAGCACUAACAGAUACAGAGAUGAUACUAGUGAUAGAAAUACAGACAAGAACAAUCAAUUGGGAACAUUUUAUUAACUGCAAACCAAACAAAAUCUUUCCAAAAGCUUGGAAAAUAGGAAGGCAUCCAUGUUUCAAGGAAAAUGUACGGAGCAGCUCCAUCAAACUGGUAGAUCAUCCUGUAAGAGAGGAUUGAGUCUCUGAGACUGGGUUACAUAAAUUAAAUACACUAAAUGCACAUGCAAUGUGUGGUAGGCACUCUGACAGUGUGUAAUUAUAGAAUCUGUUCUCCAGUCAAAAAUAUAUUCAAUAUCAAGUCAUAAUCGUCAAUAUGGCUCCUUCUUGUUCGAGCAACCUCAACUUAACAAAAUAGAAAAGACAAACGUUUGAGGGCCAAUGAAGUAAAUGUAACAUAAUGCAUAUUGUUACAAUAAACAGAAUAACGCUUUUUCAUUUGACAGCCCUGUUCUUUCCAACAGCUAUAGGCAAACUACUUUUGUUUCCUCAACGAAGAAUAAUAAUAUAAACCUGUGACUAAAUGCAUCUUUUCUAUGCAAAACACUGCCUCAAUGACCCUCAAUAAAGGCUUUUAUUUUGGCAAA